GGGGGUGGGCGGGAGGAGCGCGCCAGCCGCGGGGAGUGGGGGGCGAUGGCGAAGCUCCGGGUGGCUUACGAGUACACGGAAGCCGAGGACAAAAGCAUCCGGCUCGGCUUGUUUCUCAUCAUCUCCGGUGUCGUGUUGCUCUUUAUCUUCGGCUUCUGCUGGCUCAGCCCCGCGCUGCAGGAUCUGCAAGCCACGGCGGCCAACUGCACGGUGCUGUCGGUGCAGCAGAUCGGCGAGGUGUUCGAGUGCACCUUCACCUGUGGCGCCGACUGCAGGGGCACAUCGCAAUACCCCUGCGUCCAGGUCUACGUGAACAACUCGGAGUCCAACUCCAGGGCGCUGCUGCACAGCGACGAGCACCAGCUCCUGACCAACCCCAAGUGCUCCUAUAUUCCUCCCUGUAAGAGAGAAAAUCAGAAGAACUUGGAAAGUGUCAUGAAUUGGCAACAGUACUGGAAAGAUGAGAUUGGUUCCCAGCCAUUUACUUGCUAUUUUAAUCAAUUCCAAAGACCGGAUGAUGUGCUCCUACAUCGCACACAUGAUGAGAUUGUCCUCCUGCACUGCUUCCUCUGGCCCCUGGUGACAUUUGUGGUAGGCGUUCUCAUUGUGGUCCUGACCAUCUGUGCCAAGAGCCUGGCGGUCAAGGCAGAGGCCAUGAAGAAGCGCAAGUUCUCAUAGAGGGGAGUAAACACGUGGAAAGCAAAGCACAGAAGCUGCACCCGUCGGCACACAUCUACCUGCAGAGCCUGCUUCCGGCGCAGGAGGUGGAAGCAGCUGUGAGAGGCUCAGGGAGGCUCCUCCCUCCAUGGCAGCAGCAACAGGCACAAGUGGGAGACUUGGAACCUCGUAGGUUGUAUUCUAUGUGUCGUAGGGAUGGCUAAAGGGUCAAGCUCUUAGCUGUGGAGAGUAAGUUCCAGAAAAUCCAAUCAAAUGUUAGUUUUCUUUGGAAAGUAGCAGUAUAUAAUUGUACAGUGUAGUAUAGAAAUCAUUAUGAUUUAUGGUAUUUAAAAAUAUUAAAAGAGAGUGGUCUGUGUUCUUUUCUAUUUCCUUUUUUAUCCUAAAACACCAGGGUUCAAAAUAAAGGUCUUUUGGGUUUCAUUGA